AUGAAUUCCCGCUUGACAUCAACCCUCUUGACGCGCUCCCUCAAAUCCAGAAGAUUCUUCUCAACCCUGAGUUCUUCGUCACCCCCGGAGCCCUCCCCCAAAUUCACCCAAACUUUAGAAGGUCUCAGACAGCGGCUGGCAGCUGAUUCACCGACCCUAUCCGAUUUCGUGAGGCUGCAGGAUGAAGGUGAGUAUUCUGUGGAAGUUGGUACCAAGAAGAAGCCAUUGCCGAAGCCAAAAUGGAUGAAGGAAUCCAUCCCGGGUGGGGACAAGUAUAUCCAAAUUAAGAAAGUUUUGAGGGGGUCGAAACUUCAUACUGUUUGUGAAGAGGCCAAAUGUCCUAAUAUAGCGGAGUGUUGGUCUGGUGGUGAGACAGGUACUGCCACAGCUACGAUCAUGAUUCUUGGUGAUACUUGCACUCGAGGAUGCAGAUUUUGCAAUGUGAAGACCUCUCGUGCUCCGCCUCCUCCUGAUCCAAAUGAACCCACUAAAGUGGCUGAGGCAAUUGCCUCGUGGGGUUUGGAUUAUGUUGUUAUUACCAGUGUUGACCGCGAUGAUUUACCUGAUCAAGGAAGUGUUCAUUUUGCGGAAACUGUACAGAAGCUGAAGAUACUGAAGCCAAAAAUGCUCAUAGAAGCUCUAGUUCCAGACUUUAGAGGAGAUCACAGCUGUGUGGAGAAAGUAGCAACAUCUGGACUAGAUGUUUUUGCUCACAAUAUUGAAACUGUCGAAGAGCUUCAGCAUGUAGUACGAGAUCGUCGUGCCAAUUUUGAGCAAUCAUUGGAUGUUCUUGUGAAAGCUAAGGAAUAUGCCCCUGCUGGUACAUUGACCAAAACAUCAAUAAUGUUAGGGUGUGGAGAAACACCUGACCAAGUGGUAAAAACAAUGGAGAAGGUUAGGGCAGCAGGUGUUGAUGUGAUGACAUUUGGUCAGUAUAUGCAACCUUCCAAGCGUCACAUGCGUGUAUCUGAGUUUAUUACUCCGGAAGCCUUUGAGAAAUACCGAGUUCUCGGUAUGGAUAUGGGUUUCAGAUAUGUGGCAUCUGGUCCAAUGGUUAGGUCCUCUUACAAAGCGGGGGAAUUCUAUAUCAAAUCCAUGAUUGAGAAAGAUCGUGCUGCAUCAGCUGUAUGA